CGCGCCCUCUGCCCCCAGUCUCCGUCCCGGCCGCCAUUGCCUCGUGCCUGCGCCGGUCGGUUGGCGGUGCCUUUGUCCUACGGCAGGCAAGUGGGCGGAGGUGGAGGCGGCAGCGGCGGGCCUGAGGCGAAGGACUGGCCGGGAGCCCGCCGCACUGGUAGCGAUAUUAAUAAGGCAGCGGAAAGAAGAAAUAUGAAUACGGCUCCAUCAAGACCCAGCCCCUCACGAAGAGAUCCAUAUGUCUUUGGAGACAGUCGAGAUGCAAGGCGUGAUCGAUCUCCAAUUCGAGGAAGUCCAAGGAGAGAAUCCCGAGAUGGCAGAAACGGCCGGGAUGCUCGGGAUAGCAGAGACAUUCGAGACCCCCGAGAGUUGCGGGACCACAGAGAUAGCAGAGACAUUCGGGAUCACAGAGAUAGCAGAAGCAUACGUGAUGCUCGGGACAUGAGAGAUUUUAGAGACUUUCGUGAUCUAAGAGACUCUAGGGAUUUUCGAGAUCAUCGGGACCCCAUAUACGAUAGAUACAGAGAUAUGAGAGACUCUCGAGAUACCAUGUACAGGAGAGAAGGUUCUUAUGAUCGAUACCUUCGAAUGGAUGACUAUUACAGGAGAAAGGAAGAUUCUUACUUUGACCGUUACAGAGAUACAUUUGAUGGACGAGGCCCUCCAGGCCCAGAAAGUCAGUCUCGUGCAAAAGAGCGUUUGAAACGUGAGGAACGGCGUAGAGAGGAGCUUUACCGUCAAUACUUUGAGGAAAUUCAGAGACGCUUUGAUGCUGAGAGACCUGUUGAUUGCUCUGUGAUUGUGGUGAAUAAGCAGACUAAAGAUUAUGCUGAAUCUGUGGGACGAAAGGUACGAGACUUAGGCAUGGUAGUAGACCUGAUCUUCCUGAACACUGAGGUGUCAUUGUCACAAGCCUUGGAGGAUGUUAGCAGGGGAGGGUCUCCCUUUGCUAUUGUCAUCACCCAGCAACACCAAAUUCACCGUUCCUGUACAGUCAACAUCAUGUUUGGAACCCCACAAGAACAUCGAAACAUGCCCCAGGCAGACGCCAUGGUGCUGGUAGCUAGAAAUUAUGAGCGUUACAAGAAUGAAUGCCGGGAAAAGGAACGUGAAGAGAUUGCCAGACAGGCUGCCAAAAUGGCUGAUGAAGCCAUCCUACAGGAAAGAGAGCGAGGAGGCCCAGAUGAAGGAGUGCGUGGAGGUCACCCUCCAGCCAUCCAGACCCUUCUCAACCUGCUGGCAGACAACAGGUACCUUACUGCCGAAGAGACUGAUAAGAUCAUCAACUACCUUCGAGAUCGGAAGGGGCGACUUAUGAGGAGCAGCACCAACUCUCUGCCUGGUCCGAUUUCCCGCCAGCCACUCGGGGCAUCCUCAGGUGCCUCGUUGAAGACACAGCCAAGCUCCCGACCGCUCCAAAGCGGCCAAGUGCUCCCCACUGCUACACCCACUCCAGCCGCACCCCCAACCUCCCAGCAAGAGCUUCAGGCCAAAAUCCUCAGCCUCUUCAAUAGUGGCACGAUUGCGGCCAAUAGCAGCUCUACAUCUCCCUCAGUUGCUGCCGGGAACACCCAGAACCAGAAUUUUUCCACAGCAGUGAACAGCCAGCCUCAGCAAAGAUCACAGGCUUCUGGCAGUCAGCCUCCAAACAUUUUGGGACAGGCAGGAUCUGCUCGGAACAUAGGCCCCAGGCCUGGGGCUCCUUCCCAAGGGCUCUUUGGCCAGCCUUCUAGUUGCCUGGCACCUCCCAGCAGCAUUGCUAGCCAAAGGCCUGUGUCUUCCACAGGCAUCAACUUUGACAAUCCAAGUGUACAGAAGGCUCUGGAUACCCUGAUCCAGAGUGGCCCAGCUCUUUCCCACCUGGUUAGCCAGACCACAGCACAGGUGGGACGGCCCCAGGCUCCUAUGGGAUCUUAUCAGAGGCAUUACUGAGGCAAAAUCUGGCAACUACUCCUAGUCCUAUGGCCACCUCCCAUUUACUUUGUUCUAAAUAGAGAUAUUUGGAGGAUACUCUUUGCGUUUAUCCAGGUCCACAUCAAAUGUUGUAAGUCUCUACUACCUGCUCUCUCUCCUGCCUAAGGCUAUGUUGCUUACUCCUUUCAGAGUCAGGAUUUAUACUGCAUUUCGGGUUUUUUGGGUUUUUUUUUUUUUAAGAAAGUAUCUCUGGGGUCAUUGGAUAGUAUGGGUGUCUGUGUUCAGUUUAUAUUUAAUGAGCUUCUCUCAUUUCUUUGUCAGCUAGAAUUAGGGGGCUGAAAGGGGAGAACAAGCCAAACCCCAGUUGGCUAUAUUUGGAAUGCCAUUUUCUUUUCUAUUGUUUGUGUUCAUUUUGAACCAACCAAGAUUUUCCAGCUCCACACUCCUGCCUACAGGUCCUAUAGGGUUACAGAAUAGCAGACUGAACAUGUCAGGUAGUGCUGUCAUGUCCACUCCACAUGUGGAGGGGUCUACUGGAAGAUUCACAGAUAAACUAUUCUGGAGCUAUUAAGGAGUGCUAUAGUAGGAAUGGAAGCAGGCACUUUUCAACCUUAAUUUUACCAAGGAUUGACUUUUUUUCCAUUGGAGAAUGAACUGAAUAGCUCUAGUUGCUAGCAGUUUUAACACAGACUGAAUCUAGGGCAUAAACAUUCUUACUCUCUUACGUUUCGGUCCCAUAUCCAGUGGUAGUCUCAUGGAGUUGGUUCUGAGAAGGCAACUCUAAACUCCAUAAGUCCAUAACCAUUUUUUUCAGUGGUGAUUUUGAGCUUUUGACUCAAAUCUCUUAUUUUCAUUCUAGACUCUGUUUUCUGAGUAGCAGGAGGUAGAGACCAUUUUGAUGUCAGACUUUUGGUAGCAGGACAUGUUACUGAUACAGGUGGCUGGCUGUUCAUAACUAUUGAGCCAGAGUGAAAUUAAAGGGAGGACUUGUGGCUGGUGCUCUAAAUGGAGCCAAAGGAAGCUGCCCUCUCCCUAGGGAUGUUGCUUAUUAAAGCCCUGUGGAUCACAGUCUCAAGGGGGGCCCUGGCAGGGACUAGGGAAAACAGUGACUUCAGUUGAGUCUCUGCCAGUGGCUAAGCAAACAAUGGUUUCAAAACUUAAAGUCCCCAGAUGGCAGCAUUUUAUGUUCUGACCUGUUUGUGUUAUAUAGUGUUUUUUCUCUUUGGAACUCUUGUGUUGUUAAUAAAAUGAGAUGAUUACUUUUUAAUUAAAUUGAAAAAGUAUAA